AUGAACCGAACAGCGCCUGACUGGGAGGCUGACUCGUGGUACAAGGACAGCCGCCAGCCCCCGUUGGCCACCCGGCUCGACACCGUCGUCAAGUUCCUCGCCGAGGAGGAUGACGACAGGCAUCAGCUAGACCAUGCCAGCACCCAGACCCAGGCCAUGUUCAACGACGCACUGAACAAGGCCAAGGCCCACGUGCUGUCGACACGCCUCAACUGGAUGAUUGACGGGCAAGACUGGCCUCUACCAUCUCGGAGCACCUCACUCCCUGACCGGAGAAAUCUCCUUCCAAUGUUGAUUCCCCCGCGUCCCCCUCGUCCAGUACACAGAAUGCUCGUUCACAGACCCGGGGACGACCUUCUCUACGAGAAAUUCGCCCGAGACGAGAGAGUGUGGUGGCAGCGCAUGGCCGGGGAUGACUUGCACCACAUUCCCACCGACGCCGAAAACCGCCUCGAACGCAACAACAUGGUCUACAUCGAAGACCAAAUCUUCCACUCUUUCGCCCAUGGAGACAGCACCGGCUGGAUCCGCACCGACCCCGGCACAAGACAAACCUCCCUCCCCGACGGGGCGCCCAUUUGGCCCGGCUGCCCCAAAAGUCGGGCCAUGGAACGAGGCGCCCGCGGCGCCGGUCUGCAGCAAGCCCUGCGCGCGCUGCCCACGAACCCGACGACAGACGAGCUCCACACGCCCUGGCGCCGCCUCGUCCUCCCCGUGCCGACGCCGCCCAGCCUGGACCGGUCCCAGCUGCUCGAGCAUCUGGAUCCGAUGCAGUGCACGGUCGACUACCGCGAGCGGCUCAGGAAGAUUAAGAUGACGCGUAAGCUGGCGCUGAUGCAGGUUGAGGCGCAGCACGUGGGAGAUCCCCGUUGGCCUGCGCUGCCGCCGAACUUGGUCAACGGCGGGCCAUUUGCCCGGCGCGUGCUGGAUUCCACGACCGAGGCGAGACGGGACAUGCUGAGCCAGCCGUUGUUGGAGGCUGUGUUUAAUAUGAUGAGAGCGGGUGCGAAGGGCGACUCCCGAGCGCCGGAGGGGGUCGAGUUGGCGAACCAUGAGUGGAAAAAGGCUGGCCGUGAGCGGCGGCCGAGGUAUCUCAACCACGAGGAGUUGCGGUGGCUCAAGUUCCUUACCGGCGAGUGUGUUAACUCCAAGAACUGGACGCGGCGCUUUUGUUCCGGAUACACCCAACGACAAAUACCGGCUGUUCCUUAUCUUUGCCCACAAGGUUUAUUGGAUGAUCCAAACCCUGAGGGGCUGUUCAGCCACCAUGACGCUAAGGUCGAGGUCGAGGACCUGCUGGCAGCCAUCAAUGCCGGGAAGGACAGCAGUAUCGUGACCAAGUACGAGUUCCAGCCGCAUGAUGCCUGCUGUUGGCUGGACAGGUUGAAUAAGAGCGGCCAUGUCAGAUUCCGUCUCGAUGUCAUGUGCUGCGGCGUCGUCGAGCGGCCCGUGGCCGAAUACUUCCCCGAGCAUCGCGUCAUGUGGCCAACCACAGGCCAUUUCGAGCGGCCCAAAUACCUCGAGAAACACAUCACUGACUUUGAGAGGGUCAUCCAAGUCCACCAGCCAGAUAUCAGCGAGGGUAGCGCCAUUUGGAAGUUCUUCGUCUCCCUCGCCUUCCGCCUGGGCUACACAAUCUCCGCCCUCGAGCAGGCCCAGGCUGAAGAACCCGCCGCAAGCCAGACCGCCACAACCCGCGGCCUCCGCGACGCCAUCACCAAAUGGAAGCAAGCCUGCGCGAACCUCCAGGGCACCUCCAGCCCAGAGCCAACCCCGCAAGAACUCGCCACCAUCCGUACCAGGAUCAUCGACGAGCUCAGCGCCAACGAACCCAUGCUCCACCCGGCCCGCACCCAACACUCCCUCUCCCGCGCCUCCGGCACCCCGCAGACCACCCUCGUCCGCGAUCACAAUUGGGACUGGGCCGCGCUCCCCGUGCGCGGGCAGUCCAAGCGGCGCCAGUACUGGUCCGUCAACCGCUGGCCGCUGGGGACGGGCCACCUGUCCGAGCCGGCCGAGCGCACCGUCCGCCAUGACGAGCACCUCGACCCGGCCGCGCAGGACCCGACGACCGACAUGAAGUACCUGCCGCCCAAGCUGACGUCAUAUCGGCAGGAAAAAACGGUGUACCGGCCCGGGCCAGCCGUCUUUGGGCUCGGGGACACGCGGUUGCAGAGGGAGAGGAUUGAGAAGAGGAUGGCAGAGAUGGUCGAGCAAGCGCUCGAGUUGGAACGCCGGCCAAAGAAGCGUAUUUGGGGAAACACCUUCGCGAGCCUGAACCCCUUUUCGCGUCCGUCGUCGAGGGCCGAGGAUCUAAGGGAGGACGAUAUGCUGCCGCCUGUCGACCCGAAGAUGGUCCCAAAAAGCUGGGACCCCGUGAUAGAGGCCGAGCAGCAGGAUGCUGACAAGGAAAUGGAGUCGGAUGCCGGCUCUGAAGAAGAGAUCGGAGACGAGUCUGAUGUCCAGAGUGUCGACGUAGCCAUGAUUGGCACGAGCGAGUCGUGA